CUUCGGCCGCUCACGACUUGUUGCUGAAGUUCCUUGUAGCCAGGCAGGAUGCAGAGCAGGAGUUGUAUAGCUCGGCAGCUCCCCCGUCUCCGUCUCCUUGCCGAACUCGUCGUCCUCGUCCUCGGCGUCCUGGGAUGGACGCUCUUUCUCGUCAAUCUGAAGAAAUUCAACUCCGAAACGGCGGGACCGCAGAUGCAGAUCAGAGAGUUGCAGAGGGAGAAAGAGAGCCUGCUGGAGGAUAAAGGGAAGCUGCAGAGGGAGAAUGACGAUCUGCGGAGUGAGAGAGACAAUCUGCGGAGGGAGAGAGACGAGCUGGGGAGGGAGAGAGACGAGUUGCGGAAGGAGAGAGACGAUCUGCGGAGUGAGAGAGACGAGCUGAGGAGGGAGAGAGACGAGUUGCGGAAGGAGAGAGACAAUCUGCGGAGUGAGAGAGACGAGUUGCGGAAGGAGAGAGACGAGCUGCGGGAACGUCAGCAGAAAUGCGAGACAUUACUGGAGAAACAGAAAGCAGCUCAGGAUGAAACCAUCAAAAAACUGAGUGAUGAGAACAAGGGCUUAUAUUCCACAAAGAAGGAACUGGAAGGUAAUCUUCAGAAUUGUGAAGAGGCACAACUGCGUCACAGCCGCGAGAUACAGGAAUGCAAGAAAAAAAAUGAACACAUUUUGGAAAGACUUAAUUCUGAACUGAAGCUUGCUCAACACAACCGUGGGAGUAAAUCAUGUGAAAAUCAGGGAUGUAACUUUUGGUGGUGGAUUUUGUGUUUUGUUUUGAGUUUUUACCUGGCUCGUUGCUGUGAUGGGUUUCAAUGAAAAAAGGAAGACCCCAGUAUGCAGGGAAUGAUUGCUGGUUAUAAACAGAAGGAAACAUGAACUCUGACCCUCUGGACACAAUCCCCUAAAGGAAUCUGAGCAGUUACCCCGUGAUGAAGCAGCAACACCCACGCUCCCCGAGGUGCUCAUGCUGAAAUAGUGGGUGCGAAGAUCUACAGCCCAGCCAGCGAUAUAACCCCGAAAUAUAACAUGUACGGCACAGAAUGUGAAUGAGCCACUAUGUAUUCCCCUCCUAUUCCUCAGCUCAUAUGGUCUGCCCUAUCAUGGACUUGAAACCUCAUCCCUGGUUUUGGACUCCCCCACCACCCCCCCCCAACACCUGCACUGUGCUUUGUCACAUCAGUGAAAUGCUACAUAUCCUCCUGUCCUCACUCUCAUCUGGUGAUUACUUCAUGCCUCUGUACAAAGUGGGAAUGUCCUUGGUCUAUCUCUAAGAUGGUUAUGGGGUUACUACAUGUAUUUUUAAUUAAAUUCUUCUCUAUAAAUUACAAUAAAAUAUAA